AUGUCGCAAAAUAUUCUGGCCAUGCCCAACCCAACGUUGCAUGAGCUGGCUUUCACAGGAACAAACUGUCGGGUGCAUAUGCAGUCCGAUCCGACUGCUGUGGCUCCAGUCGGCGAGCAUUGUCAAUCCAUGCCCGCAACCCGGGUCCUGGCAUGCGCCCCGGUUACACAGACUGGGACGUCGCCACCCGUUUACAUCUCCCUUUCCCCCACCUGCGAAUCUCUGUGCAACAGCGCACCGCAGCCAAGACAUGCACACUUCCUAUCGCCUCGCAUAGCCGUAUGGAGCACAUACCAAAAUGUACGGAGCACGGCGUACGGAGUACAAUGGGGCGGGGAAGGGGGAAACUGGCCCGGCGCCCCGGUUUCCGCGGCCGUCUCGUCGUGUCUCGCGGCUGCCGUGCCUUGUGGAGCACCACCAGAGGGGCGGUUUGCUGGCGCGGGCGCGGAAGACGGGCUGCGCGGUGGCCCUGCGUUCUUCUAG